CCCCCCCAUUGGCCCGCCCCUUGCCUUGGCUCACUCUUUCUUGGGCAGACCGGAACCUGUCCUCUCCAGGGAUUCCCGUCGUCUUCCUAGCUGAGUGGAUCCUGGCACCCUUGGAGGGGUGGCCGCAGAAGAGUUCCUUCUGGACUCAGAGAAGCAGGCUCCAAGCUCCAUCAGCUCAGUUCUGUGUUUGACUCUCCUUCACCAAGAAACAGCCCAGCAAGCAGCGCCUGGCAGCACCAUGCUUCAUAACAUCAGCAAAGGCGUGGUCUAUUCAGAUACAGCCCUGCAGGGGCAGGAUGGGAACAGGGAAGGAGUGUGGGGAGGAGCUGGGGGAGCCCUAGCCUCCAACACCUCCUCCCUAUUUCCCCCUGAGCCUCCAGGGGCCUCAAGCAACAUCAUUCCUGUCUACUGUGCUCUUCUAGCUACUGUGGUUCUUGGUCUGCUUGCCUAUGUGGCCUUCAAAUGCUGGCGCUCACAUAAGCAAAGGCAACAGUUGGCUAAAGCUCGGACUGUAGAGCUGGGGGACCCUGACAGGGACCAGAGGCGUGGUGACAGCAAUGUCUUCGUGGACUCUCCUUGUGGACUGGAGCCUUGUAUUCCCAGCCAGGGACCACAUCCAGAUCUUGGCUGCCGACUUUACCUGCAUAUUCCACAGCAGCAGCAGGAGGAAGUCCAGCGGCUCUUGAUGUUGGGUGAACCUGCCAAGGGCUGGCAGGGCCUGGCAGGCCACCUGGGCUACCAAGCUGAGGCUGUGGAAACAAUGGCCUGUGACCAUGUGCCAGCCUACACCCUGCUAAGGGACUGGGCUGCCCAAGAAGGCAGUAGAGCUACCCUCAGAGUGCUAGAGGAUGCUCUGGCUGCCAUAGGCCGAGAAGAUGUGGUCCAGGUUUUGAGCUCACCAGCUGAGGGCUGCUCUGUGGUAUGAGUGACACCUCCCAGCGCUGCCCACCCUAGCUCUGGGCAUUCUCAUGGCCUCAUGUCCUUCAUGGGCUUGUAUACUACUUCUCUGGCUUCAGCCUGCUGUUGUGGCAGAACACAAAAGAUCCAGACACUUCAUGCCUCUUCCCCCUCCUCUCCAAGACAGGAGGGGGAGACAUGAGGGGAUGGGUAAGAGUAGGGCAUGGCUUUGCCCACAGAUCCUCAUUCUGCCUCUAUGUGCUCCAGCUAUUUUUUUCUAUUUCUUUUUAAAAUCACAUAUUAAAGACACCUUUAGACUUUUUUUC